CUGUACCCCAAACUGCCCAUCAUCUGACGGACACUCAGCUGGCCCUCCACUAGUUUUUGACAACAACGAUUCUGUCGACAAUGUUCACAUCUUGACUAUCGGCCCCCAAAAUUACAACAACUUCCUAUUAGUCUGUUGCCUUUUGUUCUUUGAAGUUAUUCACCAUGGAGCCGUCUGCGCCCAAAAGCAAGCUGAAAAAGCUGAGUGAAGACAGUUUGACCAAACAACCAGAGGAAGUGUUUGAUGUUUUAGAGAAACUCGGUGAAGGUUCCUAUGGCAGCGUGUUCAAAGCCAUCCAUAAGGAGUCAGGCCAGGUGGUGGCCAUUAAGCAGGUUCCUGUGGAGUCUGAUCUGCAGGAGAUCAUCAAGGAGAUUUCCAUCAUGCAGCAGUGUGACAGCCCUUACGUAGUGAAGUACUAUGGCAGCUACUUCAAGAACACAGACCUGUGGAUUGUCAUGGAGUACUGUGGAGCAGGCUCUGUGUCUGACAUCAUCAGAUUGCGCAACAAGACGUUGACAGAAGAUGAGAUUGCAACUAUUCUGAAGUCGACACUGAAAGGUCUUGAAUAUCUUCACUUCAUGAGGAAGAUCCAUCGGGACAUCAAGGCAGGAAACAUCCUCCUCAACACUGAGGGACACGCUAAACUGGCAGACUUUGGAGUUGCUGGACAACUAACGGACACAAUGGCAAAGAGAAACACUGUGAUUGGUACUCCAUUCUGGAUGGCCCCUGAGGUGAUCCAGGAGAUCGGAUACAACUGCGUGGCUGACAUCUGGUCCCUGGGCAUCACGUCUAUAGAGAUGGCAGAGGGCAAACCUCCCUAUGCUGACAUCCAUCCCAUGAGAGCGAUCUUCAUGAUCCCCACCAACCCUCCUCCAACAUUCAGAAAGCCGGAGCUUUGGUCAGACGAAUUCACAGACUUUGUCAAGAAGUGUCUGGUCAAGAAUCCAGAGCAGAGAGCAACCGCCACGCAGCUCCUACAGCACCCAUUUAUCAGCCAGGCCAAGCCGGUCACAAUCCUGAGAGACCUGAUAACCGAGGCCAUGGAGAUGAAAGCCAAGAGGCAGCAGGAGCAGCAGAGAGAGCUGGAGGAGGAGGACGACAACUCUGAGGAGGAGACGGAGGUGGACUCUCACACUAUGGUGAAGUCGGGCUCAGAGGGCGCAGGAACCAUGAGGGCCACCAGCACCAUGAGUGAUGGGGCGCAGACCAUGAUUGAACACGGCAGCACCAUGCUAGAGUCAGACCUGGGCACUAUGGUCAUCAACAGUGAUGAUGAUGAAGAGGAGGAGGAAGACCAGGGAUCCAUGAGGAGACACGCCACCCCCCAGCAGCCGAUACGUCCGUCCUUCAUGGACUACUUUGACAAGCAGGACUCUAACAAAGCAGCCCAGCAGCAGGAGAACUACAACCACAACCAGCCACAGGAGCAGCCUGGCUACCAUAUCCAGUCCAAGAAUGUCUUCCCAGACAACUGGAAGGUGCCUCAGGACGGAGACUUUGACUUUCUGAAGAACCUGGACUUUGAGGAGCUGCAGAUGCGCCUGACUGCCUUGGAUCCCAUGAUGGAGCGGGAGAUUGAGGAGCUCAGGCAGCGGUACACAGCCAAAAGGCAGCCCAUCUUGGAUGCCAUGGAUGCCAAGAAGAGACGACAACAGAACUUCUGAGUGUCCCACCCUCUAGUCUCCCAAAACCACCAUCACCACAAAACUUACGUCCCAUUGACUCAGAGGAAGUACGAUGACCUUAGUGUCUUUGUUGGAAGCCCACUGCUGUUCUAACUGACUGCUAGUUGGCCUCUGAAUGAAGUCGGAUGCUACUUUUACAUCCAUUUUGGCUCCUGGAAUCUACACUCGUCUGCCUUGUUUCUAUCUACACCAUGUCUAGAUGCCGUUCCUCCAUUUUAAAUCUUAUAUUUGUUUCUACAAGUCCUACAAAGUUGCUUUCCCAUGAAUGAUGCUCAGGACUGCGGCCAAAGAAAGAACAAAGGCCUCGUUGUUGUACAUCUGAAAGUCACAACACGAACUUCCCCUUUUCCAAAUGAAAUCAAGUUCCAUGUCACACAGAAAACCCCUCGGGGAAUCCCCAUUAACACGUAAGGGAGCCUGUCGUCUGGCAGUAGCAGCAGUAUAAUCACAGUGGUCGACGGCAAGUGGUCGUCUUUUCCUCAGACUUUUUCAGUGUAAAUAUAAUAUAGAGCCUAGUUUGGAAAUACCUGCAACACAAAGCUGUGGAGGCUUGUCCAUGACCAAAGACAAUCAAGGUGAUGUUGAUGAAGUUGAGAAUGCCUUAAAAUGUUUGAAACCUGGUUUUAAAAUAAGCAAUGUAAAAAAACAACAACAACCAAGUCAUCAGGUGUUAAAAUCCAUACCCUCGCUUGGAGAUGAGUCGGACACGGACUGUGGAAAGCUGCGAGAGUGGACAGAAAUGACAGAAAUCAUGUGG